UCACGGCCGCCUCAAGUCAGUUGUCUCGCUGCCAUGCGCUGUCUGCUUACGUGUCUGCUGUGCCUCCACGGCCUGCAGGGCCUCCUUGGCGCGGCUACGGGCAGGGACGUCGACUUGCUGCUGGACCUACGCCGGGCACUCGAUGCAUCGCCCACCAAAACAACUCUGACUAAACGUCAUGUCAGGUCUAAUGACACGGACACAGACCAGGACAUCUGGCCGAAAAAUGUCCUCCUUGGAGCUGGGCUGUCUGCCUGUCAGGCCGAAGGGGCAUGGGACAAAUACGGUAAAGCCGAAAGCAUCAUAGACUGGGUCCAACACGUGCCAGGAAACACAUUGUUUCCGGAGAAUGCAGAGGUGGCUGCCGAUCACUACCAUAGAUAUACAGAGGACCUCGCCCUCGCGAAGCAGAUGAAGUUUACUUCACAUCGGUUUUCAAUAUCCUGGUCUCGUGUCCUUCCAACUGGCGGAGUAGAUAAUAUCAAUGAGCAGGGUGUUCAGUUUUACAAGGAUUACAUUGAAGAAGUAAUUAACAACGGUAUGGAGCCAAUGGUCACAAUGCUUCAUUUCGACCAGCCGAUAUCGUUGGAAAAUGCUACUGGAGGCUGGAGCAAUUCUGACAUGAUUGAGAAAUACGUCGAAUAUGCGGACUUCUUGUUUGAAACGUUUGGAGACAAGGUUAAAUACUGGAACACCGUUAAUGAGCCCAACAUGUACUGCAAUUAUUUUCCCACCAUCAUGUACUUGGUUGGUGCUCGUCCUAAUGAAGACGACAAAAUUUACCACUGCAUGCACAAUAUAAUUAUAGCACAUAUGAAGACUUACCAACUUUACACGAAAAAAUAUAAAGAAAAACAAAAAGGGAAACUGGGCACAUCUGUGUUGAUGUGGCCAGCAACACCAAAGACAACGCAGUCUGAAGAUGUGAUGGCAGCAGAAACAUUCAAUCAGGUUUUUUCCGGUGCACUUCUCCACCCACUUGUUUUUGGUGACUAUCCGCCUGUGUUGCGGUACCUUGUUGAAAAGCGCGACGCCGAGAAAGGCCUCACGCAACCGCGCCUUCCAUCGUUCACUGCCGAAGAGAAGGAGAUACUCGCUGGGGGCGUAACUGACUUUAUAGCUCUGAACGUAUAUAGUGGUUGCGAUGCUAGCUACAAUCCCAAUAAAACAGACAACUCAAAGCAAUCACUACUUCUUGGUCCUGUGCUUCAAGAUAUGCCCUUCGUUGAUGUCAGUGAUUUUGGUGGUUUUGGUCUGCGCGAGCUCGGUGAUGAGGCACUCAUGCACGAUGCCCUGAUAUGGAUAUGGAGUACCUACCACGUUCCAAUCAUCAUUUCUGAGAACGGCUACGGUGACACGCAGGGUGUGGGAGUAAACGAUACAGUCCGUGCUGCAUACCACAGUGCUAACCUUCGUUCCCUCGUACGCACAAUGAACGAAUACGGUAUAGACGUUCUUGCGUACUACGCGUGGUCACUACUGGAUGUGUUCGAGUUUACAGGCGGUUACUUUUUGCGUCCGUUUGGGAUUAUUCACGUCGACUACAAGACAGGUUCACUGAAUCGCACUCUAAAAGAUUCAGCACAGUUCUUUAUUGACCUGUAUACAACUGGGAGGGUGCCGUAUGUGACUCUACCACCAGAAAAAGGGGCAUCAGGAAGCACCUCUCCAUUCAUAGCAGCAGGAAUGCUUCUUGCAGCUGUGUUUAUAGCCAUGGAGUUUAGGGUUUGACCAACAUACUUCAAGAUGGAGUGUCAAAGAAUUACUGCAAAUGUCUUGAAAUUUUAUAACAAGUUUGAUAUGAGGUUUAAUAAAAACAUCGUUUUUUCGCUGAGCGAUAA